CCAGCGAAUCGAACCGUCUCUUGUCUCUACUCUACUAGUAUCGCAGCGUAGAACCGAGACGGCCACUAAAGUGUCAAACGUUGUCAUUAAGUGUCCAUUAUUGACUGGAUAAUACGCAUUUCAGCCUGGAAACUAUCAGACUUCAAUCCGACAAGGAUCGAGAAACUGACGUGACGAAUAAUGCCGUGAAGUGAAUGUGAAUCGUAAAAUUUUCCGUAUUUUCACACCAAAAAGUGCAGCAACACCUGGCAAUAGCUCUAACGUCCGGUGGCCACCCACGGAGCGGACAGGACGUUGCCCCUUGGCAGAGCUCAUUAGUUCAUCAAAUUUGACAUUACGGAAAAAAUAUGACCGGAAAGAAAUACGAAUUUCUGUUCCGUAUGGUAUAGUGCCCUGUGUUCCAGUCAGUACGUGCUCCUACGCGGCAACAAAACGAGAGUUUUCCCUCAGGAAAAUGAGAUCCAUAUUUUCACUGUUGGUGUUCAGUGCUUAGGGUGGCAGUUGGGUCCAGUAACACGCACGCAAAGAGAAUUAUUGUGAAAAGGUUAUGUAGAAGGCUAGGGGAGAGAACGAAAAGCAAUCGAAAUGUAGGGAGACCAGUGUGAUAAAAUUUGUGAUAAGUGAUUAAAGGAAAGAGCAAAAUAAAAUCCUUGUAAGUUAAGUGUAGUGGUAGAUGGUGAUAACCUUGACGUUGCAAAAUGUCCUAAAAUCCAUAACAGAGACCUUCGGAGUAUUGCAAUAUGCCAUUGAAGCAGGAUUUGUGCGAUGUUUAUUUGUUGUUUGUUGCAACAAAGGCUAGACCGAAUAUUCAGACGGAAUAGGUUGCAAGUGGAUGAAUAUGUGUGAGGUACCCACUGAGCGUGAUACACUAUGGUGAUUGCGCGCUAGCGAGUGCCUGUUUUAGUGAGUGUACAUCGUAAUUUGUACUGUCCCCAAGCUCCGUUUCAAAUGACCCUACCCACAUUCAAUGUGCGCCAGCUGGAUACAAUGUGACUGUAUAUGCAUUGGCGUAUGUUACGAUUGAUGUAAAUAAAGAAUAUACGGGAUGGAACACAACGUUCGUGUGAUUUUAAUCGUUAGAAAAAAAAAAACACACAAGUUGAGCAAAGUGCAUUAUCUGUUACAAUGUAUGGCAACUGAAACUCUCCAGAAGCAAUAAUGCGUUCCAGUGAAAGAUGGUAAUGCACACUUGUUGCAUAGCAUAUUUUUCUUUGUUCGUGAUUUGAGCACCUUGCCAUCGUCAUCCGGUCGUGGCCAUGCCAUUGCGAAAAUAUCGACCGAUAGUUACAACGACGUCCGCCAGCAGUAGCAGCAGCAGCAGUGGAAGUAGCAGUAGCAAUCUGACCGUUUCGAACGUGACACCGAAGAUAUCGACCCUGGCAGGCGCCACCAGUCUAAUUCCUGGUGUUCAACUCCCCCACCACCACCAGAAUUACCAACGAGCUACGACUUCUCAGCGGAUCGUUCACCACCAUCACCACCACGCUGCCAAUUGCAACUUAAAUCUGAUCACGACAGCAACUGCCGGAACCUACCAGGCUGUAGCAGCAGUUCCGCCACCUUUACCACCGCCAGCAGCAACACAUACGUCAAUACCCCAUCAAUUACACCACCAUCGGGCAAUCGCAGCUCCUCCGAUUUUGGAUCCGCUGCCGCUCUGCCUGGAUGCAAACGGGACGUAUUUGUGUACUGCUUAUAAUCCAAGAUGCUACAUUAUACAAAAGCUAACGCCAACGCCAGUGAGCUGUAUAGCGUACGAGUUAACCUCCGUUGCUCCCUUCACGACAGUUCCAGCAACCAGUUCAGCGAACAGUGUCAGCCCAGCUUGUAUCGAAGAAAUAGUUGAAUAUCCAAAGCCACAGUCAUCUACAGUGAACUUUAUCCAUCACCACCAGCAGCAGCAACAACAACAACCUGUACAGGUAGUGCAAUACGUCGAUAGUGCCAUUAGUAGUACCACUAGUCCUAAUGUGAUAACAACCUUCGGUGGUACCAGUAGUGGGAGCGUAAGUAACCCUACCGCAUCGAAUACUACUUCCAGUGGGCAUAACGAACUACUAAGCGUGAUUGAAGCGAUUGGAGCCGGAGCUGGCAGCAGCGGAGAAGUAAUAUCAAUGGCUACUCCCGUUCCUAGCCUUUCCUAUAUCGGAAGCUCCCCUCAUUCCGUUAGUGCUCCAGCAGGUGUUGAACUGAGCAGCGUUACUAAGGUACAAACCAUGCUGCAACCAACAACGCUAGCGAAUAGCACCUCGACAAAUGCCGUUUACACGGCAGCUACUGUCAAACCCAUCAGUACAGCAACAGGAGGAUAUAUGUUAAUGAACGGAGAUGCUGGAAAAAUGCCCACAGCCGCUGCGGUUUAUCCGGCGGGUGCCGAAGCCAUUAUAACCGGUGGAAUGGCGGGACUAACGUUGGUUGGGCCUCAUCCUCCGCAAGCCACACAUCUCACGCUGGGGCCAGCCGGUGUGGUACCAGGUAUAACCGCUGUUCCUGCGGCCGUCGCUGUUGCCACCGAUUAUGCCGUUAUGAACGGCGGAACUAUCACUACAGCCAAUAAUAAUAACACAAACAGCACUAACAGCAACAGCAGUAGUAGUAGCAACAUCAUGCUAUCCAACGAACCGGUCGCAGGCGAUUACUACGUGAACACCACCCAAACAACUGACAAUAGUGCUUCACUUUCUUCUGCGGUUACCACAAACAAUAACAGUAGCAAUCAGUGCAGUGUAACGACGAAUAACAACAACAAUGUUAGCAGCAGCACACAGACAGGGGUUGGCGGUAGUGGUACAUCUGCCAUGGGCGCUAUCCAUAGUGGUAACGCAGGAGGCGCUACCACCACAGCCAACGCUACCACAAGCACCAGUGAUACUGGUAAUACCGAAUACAGUGGUAUGCCUUUGGAGCAGCUAAAGCAGCAAUUACAGACGCAGCUCGAUUACUAUUUUUCGAGAGAAAAUUUAGCCAACGACACAUAUCUGCUAUCCCAGAUGGACAAUGAUCAGUAUGUGCCUAUCUGGACAGUGGCAAAUUUCAACCUGGUGAAGAAACUCACUAAAGACAUAAAGCUAAUUACAGAGGUGCUGCGCGAGUCACCGAACGUGCAAGUUGAUGAAGAAGGCCUAAAGGUGCGGCCAAAUCAUAAACGGUGUAUUGUCAUUUUACGAGAAAUACCGGACAAUACGCCAAUCGAGGAAGUCAAGAAUAUAUUCCAAAGCGAAAAUUGUCCCCGAUUCAUCUCUUGUGAGUUUGCUCAUAACAAUUCCUGGUACAUCACGUUCGAAUCCGAUGAAGAUGCACAACAAGCUUUCCGGUAUCUACGCGAAGAGGUUAAGGAGUUUCAGGGAAAACCAAUCAUGGCUCGUAUCAAAGCUAAACCAAUGAACAGGCUUCCGAUUGCUGCUGGAGUUCCACUAAAGAACGGAUUUCGAACGACUCCUCCGCCGGCUGCUACAGCAGCUGUAACUGUUCCUCCGGGGGCCGCUGGUCCUUCUGCGGCCGCUGCUGCUGCCGCUGCCGCAGCUGCAGCGGCGGCAGCCGUUUACGAUCCUACUCAGGCAGCAGCUGCCGCAGCCGCUUUUCCCGGUCAACAGCGUUACAUCACGCUGCCACACAAUCCAGGAGCGAUACCGCAAGGUACCGUGCCGGCGUAUAACACACCAGUACACAUGUUUCCAUUCCAACAGCAAUUUUAUCCGAGCAUAAUGCAACCAUGGCCAGCAGCACCCCCUCCGGCGCAAAACUACUACGAUCUUAGCACGUUUGUAACGAGCAAUGGGCUUGCACCUCAGGUAACAUUUGCAACUGCAGGGGCUAAGCAGCAGAAUGGUCGAUAUAACAUGCCAGCCGGUGUAGGAGUACAUCGUGGUAACAUCCGUACCAAAAGACAGCCUAAUCCGACGAUACCGGCGGGCAGUAAUGAGCACAGAUCGGGUGGUGCCAACAGCGGUGGUGGUGGCGGCGGAGGUGCGAACAUUUCCGGUGGUCAGCAAACGCUAGGGCUGGGAGGUAACGAAAAUGCACCGCCUGCCAGCCAUCGAGUAUCGAAUCAACAGCCACAUUAUGUUCAACAGCAGGUUGCCCAGCAGCAGCCACAGCAGCAAACACCAGCACACUACCAACUGCCACCGAGUGGUGGUGGGGGCAAAAGCACCUCUUUGUUGGGACAUGGGGGUAAAACCUACCAUAAAGAUACAACCAUUGUGCCACAUUAUCAGCAUUACCAGCCUCAGCAACAGCAGCAGCAUUAUAGCCAUCCACAGUCGCAUCAUCAUCAUCACCAACAACAGCAGCCAAUACCACAACAGCAACAACAAUGUGAUGAUACAACUGGAACUGCAUCAAAUACGGUUAGCAUGCGUUCUAACAGUAGCACUGAUCACUAUCAAUCAAACGACGAUAGUAGUGGAUACAGUAGCCUUCCGUACAACAGUGGGCGAAACAAAAAUCUUGACAGCCAACAGCAACAACCGGCUGGUCCAUGGGUGUCAAACCAGUCUCGACGGCACACUCGACGAAGAAAAGAUGAGAUGGACGGCGGCGCUGUAGGAGGUAGCAGCUUGUACAGCAGCAGCGGUGGAAGUGUUCGAACUAGUAAUAUGAGCUAUAAUAGUAAUAGUAAUCUUAGCAGUAGUAUCAAUAAUGGUGCAAACUCCAAUGUUAAAGUUAUAAACACAACUAGUCUCAAUCAGUUGAUACCGUCUUCUGGCGGUCCUCCGCAUGGACGCGGUCCACGGGGAAGUCUCGGUGGCAACGGAGAAAAUAUUCACGGUACAGCCUCGGGAAACGUGAUUGCGUCGAUGGGUGGCGAAGCUGGCGGCGGUGGUAGUCAUCAUCAUCACCACAGCAGUAACAGCGGUGGAGGUGUUGGGGGCUAUCAUCCUCAUCAUCAUCGAAGUGCAAUAGCUUCUGGAUUUCAUCAGCAGCACCCGCACCAUCACCACCAACCACAGCAUCAGCAGCAGCAGUCGCACUUGCAGCAAUCUUCUAACAACAGCAGCAGCAAUUCCAGUGCCCAGCAGCAGCAGAAUGCCCCCAGCACCACUCAAUCGACGCAAUUCGAUCUCGAACCAGCUGCAUUUCCGCCUCUUCCCGGUCACGAUGAUAACACGAACAAUUCCGGCAGCGGCGGUGGUCGCAACAAGCACCACCAUUCCCGUGAUCAUCAACAACAACAGCAACAACACCAUCAUCACGGCAAUCAAUCGAACACUACCACUGUGACGCCCACCGGUGGCAACCAAGGUUCCUCGACUGACUACUCCUCAACCUACGGUGGGAGCAGUGUGUCUGAGACACCCACACAUCCUGUCGCUGUCUGGGGCGAGAGCCGACUUGCCGAUGUCGUUAAAGGCACUGCUAUCGCAACGAGCACCUCAUCGAAAAUAAAAAUCACAACAUCCCCUCCACCACAGGCAACCCAAGGCAGCAGCAACAGCAACAACAAUAACAGUGAGCUUAGUCAAAAAAACGUUACAGCUUCGGCAGCUGCCACUUCAGAAGUGAGCGCAGCCGCCGGACGUGAACAACAGCCUUUUCCAGCAACCGUCGCAGCAUCGCAGCAACAGCAGCUAAACUCGAAAGCAGCAAACGAUUCCUUUCAUGGCACUAGCAACAGCAGCGGUAGCAACGAGUCAACCACUUUGGCCUACACACCAGCCAACAGCAGCAGCAGCAACAAUAACUCUAGCAAAGUAACUAAUAAUCCUUUUCCUGUGAUAAAAUGUACAACAAUUAGUACGUCUGCAAGCACCACUGCUGAUAAAUCUACAAAGACUGAUGAGUCCUUGCUACAAACGAAUGGCUUGGAAUCGACGACUACAAACCCUACGUCGGCAGCAACAGCCUCGGGACUAGGUUCGAUGGUAACACAUAGAAAGACUGGUGUAGAAGCUACCGGCACCGUUGGCUGCCCCACGACUACCAACGCUGCUACGAUGACUUCGACUGAGUACGUGAUUGUCGGUUCUGGUUCCUGUUCUUCCGCCGUUGGUGGCACUAAACAGCAGCAUACAUUGUCUGCUACUUCUUCUAUUAAUGCAUCAUCCGUGGCUGUGACUACUACAUCGACAAGGACUGUACCGGUACCGUCUGCCAAAACGAUUGCCUCUAUUACUUCCAGUUCUAAACAAAUCGGGUACAAGAACCCGCGAUCGCCAACCACGCCUACAGUAGCUUCCAUAGCUUUCGCUGCUGCAUCUCCAUUUGCUGCAGCACUUACCACUUCGUCAACAACACAAGCGUUGACUACGAGCAGUCCUCAACCGGUAGCACCGCCGCCAUUCUCGCUACAGAAUCACCCACCGCUUGGUGGUGUUGCCGCUGCCAUUCCCGAACUACAGCAACAAACUCAGGUACGCCUUAGCUACGCCCAAGUCGCUCAACAUCUGAAAGAGCAGAUGAAGGAACGAGAGCAAGAAGGAAACGGGAAAACUUUCGUAGAGAAAGAAAACAACAAUAAUCUGCAACUUAGCGGUGGCAAUAGUGGCAAUAAUGCCAUCAGUAACAACACCACUACGAAUAACAGCAGCAAGAAAAAGGAUUCACCCAUAAGCUCAAGACUGUCAACCUCGUCACAGCAUAGCAGUGAUGGGUUUAGGGAACAAAAAGAUACUCGCUAUAACAGUGGCAGCAAUUCUGCAAAUCCUCGUGCCGCCAAAGACUACCGUUCAUCAGUUUCUGCUGGAAAUAGUACCGGAGCUGGGAGUACACUUGGUUCCACCACACCAGCUGUCGCUGGUGCAGGUCCAACAGCUGUUUCUGUUAGUGGCAUUAGUGGAUCUGCGAUCUCCUCUGUAGGUGCCGGUCAUCGAGGGGAGGCCAACAAUAAUAAUAAUAAUAACAGCAACAGUUUAAAAACUCCGGUGUCCGGAACCGGCAGGACAGCACGUUCCCAUCAGUUGAAGGAUUUUGUUCAACCACAACAGCAGGGGUCGCGUAGUCCCAAAUGAUGACGGUUAAUUUGGAUCUAAAAGCUCGCGUUGUUUCAUUGUUUGCGAGGUUUAUAGCAAAACGCCAGGCGUGCGUGUUUAGCUGACACGAGUGGUCAUUGGCCGUGUUUCAGGUUUAGUAUUUUUGUUAUAGUUACGAUAGUUUCUCUGUUAUUACACCAUAGUUGGCAGAGCAGACCAGAGAGAAAAUACUUAUAAGUAUUUCGUUUAAUUUGGUGAUGUUAAACUGAGGACUAAUUUCUAACUUUUUCUAAAUGCAAUUAAGUGCAGUUUAAACACGAGUUUGAACAGUGAACGAAAGGAAACGAUUUCCUUGCGAUUUGUUACGACUAUUAUUAUUACUACUACUACAACUACAACUAUUACUCACGUGGCUAGGAUAGGCGAUCUCAUUUAACACCAAUUAAUCGGUUGAAUGAGAACUUGAAUGAGACGGAAGGAUUGAAUUGGCUUGUUUAUUCUCAUGACAAUUUUCAGGUGUUCUAAUAGACACGAGAAACUCUCGCCAUACUUGCCCAUAAAGACAGUUCAACGCAAACAAGAUGUUAUUGAUAAUGUGAAUAUUAUUUGCUGCAUACUGGUUUAAGCUUUUUAUGUAAGAAUCUAUAUCGACUCUGUUAUCGGUUUUAUUUUCAGUUUUCUAAAUUCAAUCUAUCCGCGAAAAGGCCCCUUGGGCAUUCGAGACAGGUUUGACAACCAUUAUAUAUAAAUACAUAUAUAUACUUGCAUUCGCCACUAUAUGUUAAAUAUAACUGUUAUCUAAUCUAUUGUAAACAUUUAAUGCUAACUAAAUAUUUUGCUUUGUGUAAAACCGAUUUGGAUCGCCUUUAUAAUUGCUCAAAAACAUUUCACCAUUCGAAAGGAGGCGAGUGAUCGAGUACUAUUACUUCUUUUGUGUCAUUAGAAUACAUUAUCUUAGUUCUCGUUACUGCCUAAAGCUGAACACUUAUAUAAACACUCUGCGUCUGUCCAGCUUUUUAAUCUUCGCUCAAAAGCUAAAUCUAAACGUGUCGUCACUACUCUCAACUAACAUGUCUUAAAGAAAACCUAGUCCUUAUUUACUUCAAAAAAACGAGCUAAAUCCUCUAAUCGUUAUGUUCUAUUUAUUCUCUAUCUUAAACAUGUUUAAAUUUUCAUCUGAGCAAUGCGUUAAAAAUGAAACAAGAGAUAAUACACGCCAGUUUGUUAAAAUCAUCUCAAUGCUACCCAAAACUUUUCUGUUUGUUAUUUGUUGUUAAAUAUAAUUACAUAUAUUUUUAAAACACCGUAUCGCUAUACUAUAGUUGUACGGGCAUUGGUGGUGUUAUAGAAACUGCACAUUCGGCGAGCGAAUAUUCCUACCUAUUUAUCUAGUAUAUCUUCAUGCGCUUCGGUCUAGGGAUAUAACACUUAAAAUGCAUGAAAUUUAUCAAUAGUCACAUUUCUGCUCAUUCAAGCUGCGUCUGCAAUGACCACUUUACAGUCGUAGUUCGUUUUAAGAGGAACUUCAGCUUUGUUGGAAAAUCGAUUUCAUAUAUAACUUUACCUUUCUUUUUUUCCAAUGUUACCUAUCGUGCAAUAUUAUUCUUUAUGUUGCGAAUUUUCAGAAUGUAGCUUUUGUCAGUCAUCUAUUUUUCUUACCAAAAGACAAAACGGUGUUAGGAUGGAAAUUCGAAAUCUUUUGGCUCUUUUUGUUAGUCUUACGUAUGACAUUUGGAUAUUUUCUUUCUCCAAACAGAUGAAACACUACAAAUUGAAUUCUGUCAAGUUACUUAAAAGGUGUUUUCUUCAAACUAUCUUGAUUAGGCAAUUGUAACCGAAGUUCAAUCAACAGUGCCGAAGUUCCUACUAAGUAUUCAGUAAAAAAAUAUCAUACAAUACUUUGCAACCUAAGCUUGCAUGGCAGUGUAAUCCGUUGCGAAUAUUGGACGUUAUUUCUUAGCAGGGUUUAUCAUUGAAAGUGUUAUGAUCCCUCCGGCAAAAUGUGCUUUUAUCAAUGUAAGCGCGUGUGUAAUCAACAAAGUUAAUUUGUAACCCAAUGACAUAGCAUGUACGUGACCAUGUAUAAUGUGUGUUCGAGUUGGUGAAAGGGGUGGCUAUGCGAAAAACAAUUAUACAAUUUAAUUUAAAACAUUUUAAACUUUGGGUCGCACGGAGCGUAGCGAUAUAAAUUGUAUGAGAGUAUAAAACAAUCGUGGUAAUUUAUUAGAAUAACAAAUGAAUUGGAACUGCUUUCUUGCUGUGAGCCUAUAUAUAUAUAUAUAUAUAUAGAAAGAGAAAACAGAUCAAAAGGUAUUUUCAAAUUUGAAUUAAGCAGAGAUAGGACUAACACCUUUACAAUCCAAUUUAUAGGGAGAAAAAAAAACUCGACUGCACACAAAUGAACAAAAACAAGAUGAAAUACACACAUCGGAACCAUCGGAAAUUUUUGUCCACUUCGAAAAUAAAACUGAAUGUAAACUGAAGCUUAGCAUUAUGAUCAACAAUUGUUUUAACAUUUAGCAUUUAAGGGUUCAAAACAAUCCCUAACAGUAACACAGAACAAACAGCAGGCGGUCAGUGCUGGAGCAUGUAAGCCAUUAGUAAUUCAAGCUGAACCUACUACAAUAUUGCUUAACGACGUUGGUUAUUCAUGAACAAGGAAUGGAAAAAUGAUUAUAGUGUUCUCAUAUGCGAAAGUAGGUUUCAACGUUCUCAAAUGUUAUGUUUAGUUGUUGAAUAUUUUCGUUUAGUCUUCCCCAUGAUU